AUGUUCUUCAAGUCGUUGGAUCUGACUACUGCACUCAGACCCUUGCUAUUGCCUGAUGAGGUCCUUCUGUUCGUCCAGGAUGGAGUGGGGUUAUAUGAAGGCAAAUACAAAAUCCAGAACUACCAAAAUGGACAUGCAUAUCUUACAUCGCAUAGAGUAUGCUAUGUCGCAGCGGAGGACUCGCGGAAGUACUCGGUGGCUAUUGAUCUGAAAGAGCUCGAUCGAGUGGAGUCUCAGUCACUCACGCAAUCGAAAAUUAAGGCUGGCUUCUUGAAGUCUUCUCCGAAGGUUACCAUAUACCCCAAACCGCAGAAGAAGACCGACAAGUCAAGGAGCGUAACGGCCAGCCCGGCUGUACCCCAGCAAUCGACACUUCACCCAACACAGUCGCUUUCUCACCUAUCACAAACGAGCCUGGCACAGGGAUUCUCACCUCCAAAGCUUAUCAAUGCCACUUGGAUCUGCCCCAUAUGCUCAUUCUCUAACCCGGUCCCAUCAAAUUUUGACCCUGCAACGGCUAGUGCAGCAACACAUUUACCUCCUUGCCUAGCAUGUGGGAUAAAACCGCCAUUCACAACCGUUCUUAAGGCAGCGAUCAGUGCUGUAACAAGCCGGGAUUCCUUGCCGGGCUCAGUUUCAUCGCCGGUCGUUGCCCAGACUUCAGACCAAUUGGGCGCCAAUGUGUCUUCAACACCUCUUAGUUCCGGAACCACUGUCUCUUGUCCCCGCUGUACCUUUGUGAACCAUCCAUCUCUUGUCGAGUGUGAGAUGUGUGGUGCGCCAAUAUCUGCAAAUUCUGUAGCCAGCGCCAGUCGUGUAGACUCUCCGGCGCCCAUAUUCGAGCAGUCACACAUCACGAACACGGAGGUCAGCGAUUGCAUCAAGUUUUCGUUUCGUGCCGGCGGCGAUAAGAUAUUUUAUGAAAGACUUAAGGGCGCUUUGGUUCAAAGAAAGUGGCUCUUGCAAAAUGCGCCCCCGGUGCCUCCACCGUCCCAGACCAGUUCCUCGCCAGGCUUACCUUCCGCUCUGGUCGAGAGUCCUUCGCCCUCAGCACAACGACAUCCAGGUGUCGGUAUUGCCGGGUUAGAACGCCGAGGACUAGAAACUCGAAGGAUGAAUGAACUGGUCAUAGGUAACGCAUUCGAAGAUCUAGAAGCCUUAAUGGCUUCCGCUAAGCAAAUUGUUGCUCUGGCCGAAACUCUGGCGCGAGAUUCCGGAAUCACCACCAACGAGGGCUCUCCAGAGACUAGUGCUGUGCUGUCGCAGUCUGCCGUUGCUCUAGGCAUGGUGACGACCAGAGACAUGCUCAGUUCAGGUCAUGAAAGUCUCUACCUAUCGGAACUUGCGCGCGAUCUAGCGGAAUAUCUCACGGAUGACAGAAAAGGAAUCCUACAGCGGGAAGGAGGGAUCAUGAGUCUCAUCGAUCUCUGGGCAAUCUUCAACCGAUCCCGUAAUGGAGUAGAAUUGGCCAGCCCGUCUGAUUUCCAGAAAGCAGCGGAGCUCUGGGAGAAGCUCAAGCUGCCAGUCCGCCUACGGCGAUUCAAGAGUGGUCUUCUUGUUGUGCAGAGAUCUGACUGGAGUGACGAGAAGACUAUUGCAAAGCUUCAGGCGUGGAUGGAAGAACUUCGGCAGAUUCCCCCAGAGGAUUCUGCUCCUUGGGAUUGGUCCCUUUUUGGUCGAUCCGUGACUGCGCAGGAGGUUGCGCAUCAGUUCAAGUGGAGCGUCGGCGUGGCUGCCGAAGAGCUAGAAAUGGCCGAGGACCGGGGGAUUCUCUGUCGAGAAGAAGGAAUUGAGGGUUUGCGCUUCUGGCGCAACUACAUCUCAUCCCCUGAAUAUGUCGAUAUAUCUCGCCUUUCCAUCUAA